AUGAUUAGAUCAGUUUUCAACAAUAAUAUUAAAAGAACUUUGGUUCGUUGCAAUUCAUCCUCAACAUCUGCAUUGGCUUAUAAGCAAUCGCAUAAACAUACUAAAACUCCACCUUUACCAACUUUAAAGACUCCAUCAUGGAGUGCUGAUACUGCUGUUUCUUCAAUUUUAUAUGAAACACCUGCUGUUUCAAAAGAACCAAGAACUCAACAUGUUUUAAACUGUUUGGUUCAAAAUGAACCUGGUGUUCUAUCAAGAAUUUCUGGUACUCUAGCCGCAAGAGGCUUUAAUAUCGAUUCUUUAGUGGUUUGUAAUACUGAAGUUAAAGAUUUAAGUAGAAUGACUAUUGUUCUACAAGGUCAAGAUGGUGUCAUCGAACAAGCUAGAAGACAAAUAGAGGAUUUAGUACCAGUUUAUGCUGUGUUGAAUUAUACCAAAUCUGAAAUCAUUAAAAGAGAAUUAGUUUUGGCUCGUGUUUCAUUAUUAGGUGCUGAAUAUUUCGAAGAUUUAUUAUUACACCAUCAUCAAACUACUGGUAAUAUUGAUGACACUAAUUUAGUCACUGAGAUUAGAGAAAAGACUUUCCAUCCUUCUAAUUUACCAUUAAGUGAAGUUCUAAGAUUAAAACACGAGCACUUAAAUGAUAUUACUAACUUAGCUAAAAAUUUCGGCGGUAGAGUCGUUGAUAUCAGUGAAGGCAGUUGUGUUGUUGAAUUGUCAGCCAAGCCUUCUCGUAUUUCAGCUUUCUUAAAGUUAAUUGAACCAUUUGGUGUAUUGGAAUGUGCAAGAAGUGGUAUGAUGGCAUUGCCAAGAACACCAUUGAAGACGUCUGUCGAGGAAGAAAAUGAAGAUGCUGAAUCAAAAAUAAGUGAAAUUGUCGACAUUACACAAUUACCACCUGGUUAG